GGUGGGCAUAGAUCCGGAGCAUGUGCUGACACGACACGAACACAUCUGUGAACACCGACCGAAAGAAAUCAAGACUAACCUGCGAGUCAGACAGACACCUGACCGAGUGAAUUAGUUUGUAGACUGCGGUAACUUCACAUUUCUAUCAGUUUGAAAGAGUUUAGGCUGAGAAGAGGACCUCUCCGUUGUGAAUCAUGCCUUCUGCUGCGAUAACCGCUGGAGUCAUCCUGUGUCUCCUCCAUCAAGUAUUUGCGAUGGACACGGUGACGGGUCAGUAUGGGGAGACAGUGAGCCUGCCGUGCGGAGCGGAGUCUGCCAAGGCCUUCUUCAUCAAGUGGAAAUACGAUGAUGGUGAUGGUGUCACAGGUGACCUGUUGGUGCGUAAGCCUGGUGAGAACGCCUCCAUCACCGCUCCCGAGGCCUACAAGGACCGCAUCUCUGUUGCCGACGACGACAGCCUCCUCAUCAGCUCCGUUGCCCUUAGCGACCAGAAGGUCUUCACCUGCAUGAUGGCGCUCAGCUCAGAUAUUGUGGAACACCAUGUCAAAAUAGAAGUCCACAAAUCCCCUGAGGCAGUGGAGCUGACUAACAACCCUGCAGCCGUGGAGACGGGCAAGCUGAGCAUGAUUGGGGAGUGCAGUGUGAAGGAUGCCAACCCUGCCGCCACGAUCACCUGGUACAAGAAUGAUAAGCCACUGGAGGACGACGGGAAAGUUGUGGUGAUCACUGCCUCUGAGUCUGUGGACGAGGCAUCUGGUCUGAGCAGCAGCGUGUCUAAGCUGCAGUACCGUGCCCAGAAGGAGGAUGUGGGGGCGCUGUUUAGCUGCGGAGCAGGAGACACCCUCAGAGCCGAGGCCGUCAGCUUCAGCAUCAACUACCCCACGGAGACGGUGACUCUGGAGGUGGACAGCCCUGAACCCUUCCAUGAGGGCGAUGACAUCACACUGCGUUGUCAGGCCGACGGGAACCCCCCUCCCACCACAUUCGUCUUCAUUGUGCAGGGAGAGGAGUUGGAGGUGUCUGACUCUGACAUGCACACACUGACGUCCGUCACCCGCGACAGUUCCGGAAUGUACCAGUGUUACCCAAGCGACGACAAGACGCUACUGGCAGCACUCAACAUCACCGUGCAGUAUCUGGAUGUGUCUCUGAGUCCUAGUGGGUCUAUGAUGAAGUCUGCAGGGGAGCCUCUGCCAGUCUCUCUGGAGAUCGACGCCUCCAGCCCCACCACAGUCACAUGGACCAAGGACAACGCCAGUCUGUCAGCAGAGCCGUUGUUUGAGCGUCUCCACUACUCCGACUCCGGCGUGUACGAGUGUGUGGUGACCAUGGGCAAGCUCAGCUCCAAACACUCCUUCAAACUCGAGGUGGAAGGUGCUCCUGUGAUCACCAGCCUGAAGGAACAGAUCAGUGCCGACGGGACCCACACGGUGCUGAGCUGUGAGGCGGAGGGAUACCCCAAACCCAGCGUGGAGUGGAGUGGCAUCAACGGAACUAAUGCUGAGGAGGGUUCCUAUGUGAAUGGCAAGGUGACCCAUCACCUGAAGAUCGUCCCCAAGGCCAACCUGAGCGUGACCUGCGCCGCCAUCAACAAGCUGGGCGCGGACAGCAAAACCACCGAGGUCACCUCAUUAUUGGUUGGCAUUGAGGAGAGAGAGGUGACUAUGGACAAGCAAGACCAGCUGACGGAGUCUAACGAGGGCACCAAGAUGGCGGUCGGCAUCGUAGUCGGCCUCUUAUUGGCUACCGUGGUGGUGGGCGUGGCCUAUUGGCUCUACAUCAAGAAGUCAAAGCAAGGCAGCUGGAAGACGGGAGAGAAGGAGGAGAACAGUACGGAGGAGAGCAAGAAACUGGAGGAGACGCCGCAGAAGGCGGAGGUGUAGAGAAGAGGAGGCGAGAAAAGAGGAGUACAGAGGAGAGGAGGAGGAGGAGGAGGAGGAGGAGGAGAGUUCAUGCCUCAGCAAGUGGAGAUGUAGAGGAGAGGAAUGACGACGGGUGAAUUGGAGGAGAGAAGAGGAGAGGAGGGUGCAUAUGUGAACGGUGAAUGUGAUGUUAGUUUUUUGAGUGUAUGUGUGAGUGUGUGUAUUCUCCUUAGUUAGUUUGUGAAAACAAAAUGCCCUACAAACGGUUUCUGUCUACGUAUGUCCCCCUCCCCAAAAACACACACACACACACACACACACACACACACACACACACACACACACACACACACACACACACACACACACACACACACACACAGCCCUACUCGACACACACACACACGCACGCACACACACACACACACACACACACACAUAGCCCUGCUCCACACACACACACACACACACACACACACACACACACACACACACACACACACACACACACACACACACACACAUAGCCCUGCUCCACACACACAUACAUUUGUUUCUGUUUUUCUUCUCUGUGUUUAAGGACCAACUAAGUUAAUGCAUUUCUUUCUAAAUAUAUAAAUAAUACAUUGAAUUGAAUAAAUUGAAUAAAAAAGGAGGCGAGAUAAAGAGAAUCUGAAGUGAUCUCAAGAGACACACGUUGCUCUUUUUUGGUUUUGUUUUGCUUUGUUUCGUUUUGUUGUUGUUUGUUUGUUUUAUAUUAGUUUGUUUUAAGCCCCGCCCCUUAUAUCAAGGGGGAGGGUGUUGGAGCGCACCGCACCAAUCGCUAGCCAGACAGCAGGGGCCCCAGCAGCCAAUCGGGGCCCGUUUUGGAUGCAUUGUUGGUUUGUUUAGAAUUUUGUUUUAGGUUCUUUAUGAUGAUUAUUGUUAUUAUUUGUUUCACUUUGUUUUGGCUGCAGGUUUUGUGAUAAAUAUCUCUUUCACACACACAAACACACACACGCGCACGGCUACCUGCAGUGGAGUAUGCUGUCAUAUGAUGAAGUGUAUUGAAUGAUGUGCACUAACGUGCAAUGUUACAUGAUUAUAGCUCUCCACUAUUUUUAUUGGUUUUCCUAUGGUUGUUUUCAAUGCUGUGUGUGCGUAUGCCCUUGGUCAAGUUGUGUGUGUGUGUGUGUGUGUGUGUGUGUGUGUGUGUGUGUGUGUGUGUGUGUGUGUGUGUGUGUGUGUGUGUGUGUGUGUGUGUGUGUGUGUGUGUGUGUGUGUGUGUACCCGCUGUGUUUCUGUGUGGGGAUGUUCUGGCUCAUCUCCAUGCCUGUAAAUAUGGCGGCAGGUUGAGUGUGUGUGUGUGUGUGUGUGUGAUUUUCUUUGUAUUUAUGCGGUUCAGGGGAGACACUUAUGUGCCAGGGAUCUUAGUUUAGCUAAGAUGAUUCUCAAUUGCCUAUGACACAUGCUUUACUCUCUCACACACACACAGACACAGACGCAAACACAAACAUUUAGAAGUGCGGUACAGCUAAUGGUUCUUACGCACGGCCGUGAAGAUGAUGUGAUGCGAAAUGGCCCAGGUUCUUUUUGUGUUUAUUUGUUUGUUUGUUUAUUUGUGUCUUAGUUUGGGAACCACUGAAGAUAAAUAAACAAGGAUGUUCGACUUUGUUAAAUAGCUCAUAUCCUGGUGGAGCUUCCUCAGUUCUUCUUUUUGCAAUUGGCAACCAAAGAUCUAAUACGAUGCGGCCAUACGAGUACUGUAAAUACUGACUGUUGUUUUUGUACUUCUGUUGUUUUGAAAAUAAAGUGUACAUUUUGAGGACAAACAAUGCUCCAACAAAACAAA